CUUCGCCUGUUGCUGCGGACGGAGGAGGCUGUGCUUCACACCCACAUUCAACAAGCACCGGAUCACAGCUGGUUUACGCACAAAUUGGAGAGCAGUCCAGAGCGACUGCAGACCGACAUCGAAGAAGAUGGGGACUUUUUAAUUUGCGCGUAAUGGCGCCUAUGCGCAAAUCCUCUUCUGCCAAUCCAGAUUUGCGCUUCAAUAAGUAGAUUAAAGGACAAAAAAAAAGCAAAAAAUACAAAACAUAUAUUGAUAGAUUAGAUCUUAACUGAGUUCGGAUAAAAGCAGAGGAGGAUGGAGACCCCACACAACGGAUCCAAUGUAACAUCGAAUUACACCAACCAGUUCGUGCAGCCGCCGUGGCGCAUCGCUCUCUGGUCGGUCGCUUACAGCUCCGUGCUGGCGGUGGCCGUGUUUGGAAACCUCAUCGUGAUAUGGAUCAUUCUCGCCCAUAAGCGGAUGCGGACGGUGACCAACUACUUUCUGCUUAACUUGGCUUUUUCGGACGCGUCGAUGGCCGCUUUUAACGCUUUGAUAAACUUUAUCUACGCUGCCCAUGGAGACUGGUAUUUCGGGGAAGCCUACUGCAAAUUCCAAAACUUCUUCCCAGUGACAUCUGUGUUCGCAAGCAUCUAUUCCAUGACUGCAAUAGCUGUGGACAGAUACAUGGCCAUCAUCCACCCACUGAAGCCCCGUCUCUCAGCAAAGGUCACCAUGGGAGUCAUCGUCAGUAUCUGGAGCCUGGCAGUGGUGCUGGCUUUCCCUCUGUGCUAUUUCUCCACCACUCGAGCUCGACCCCACAGAACCAUCUGCUAUGUCGCCUGGCCUCGCAUGGAAUCCGACCACUUUAUGUAUCAUAUCAUAGUGACUGUGCUACUGUAUGUGCUGCCCUUGGUGGUGAUGGGCAUCACAUACACCAUCGUGGGGGUGACGCUGUGGGGUGGUGAGAUUCCUGGAGACUCAUCUGAUAAUUAUCAUGGACAGCUCAAAGCUAAAAGGAAGGUGGUAAAGAUGAUGAUCAUUGUGGUGGUGACUUUUGCCCUCUGCUGGUUGCCGUAUCAUCUCUACUUCAUUGUGACCGGUCUCAAUAAACGUCUGAUGAGGUGGAAGUACAUCCAGCAGGUUUACCUGUCAGUGCUGUGGCUGGCCAUGAGCUCCACCAUGUAUAAUCCUGUUAUCUACUGCUGCCUCAACAGCAGGUUUCGAACCGGCUUCAAGAGGGCAUUUCGCUGGUGCCCCUUCAUCAAGGCAUCCAGCUACGACGAGCUGGAAUUACGUUCAAUACGACUGCACCAAACACGCCAGAGUAGCAUGUACACGCUGACGCGGAUGGAUACCACCAUGGUUGUGGUCUACGACCCUGCUGAAGGCAAUGGCGGUGCAGGAGGAAGCGAGCACGCCCUGCCUGUCAGGAAGAGAAGUUACGUCACCUCACGCCAGUCGGAGAUUAUUGCCUCCAGUGGUGCUGGUGCAGGAUCACAAAAUGGGGUUGCACCGAAAGCCGAAAUUGAGGAAUUUUCUUGAAGAGCACAUUUGCUGAGAUCCACA